CAGAGACCUGCCUGGAAGUUGAUAUCUUUAUCCGAGACGGUCGUUACGGCGGGGAAUCCGUAGAUUCGCCACUUUCAAGUUCGAAUUCGGCGCCUCCGAUUGGGCGUUGAGAUCCUCUAUGUCGCAUAGGAGAAUUCAAUACGGACAGACCGGCUCGCCACAUACAAUUUCCAAGUGAGACGAUGACACAUCCGAAUAGAUCAACUGCCCGAGUUGCAGUCUCGCUGCUGACGUCGCCAUUCUGUUGUUUCCUCCGAAGUCAGCACCCUGUACAUAUCUGCUGCUGCCUCGCGCACCCGCAGCCUGCACCUCUGCCCUGUCAUGUCCCCCACUGCUGACACCUCGCCCGCGCCGUCGCGUGUCCUCGAGGAAACGGACUGGAAGCUGCAGCGUAAGCUCAAGCACCACCAGCGUGACGCUGGUCGCCGCUCGGCUGAGAGCCGUGCGGAGCCGCGCUUCAAGCACCACACGCACCACCAGCACCGCGCCAACGUGAUGCGCCUUGAAAAGGAGGCGUGGUUGCCUACGCCAACAAAGAGCGUGCAUCGCAAUAUCCCCGAGCAGCAACGACACGCUGCAGGGACGAAUAGCACGCGCAAUCAUGCAUCGCAGCUGAGCCGCUCGGGGCCGUCCGCGACCUCGUGGCCACCGGCAAUGACGGCCACUGACGAGCUGGAUGAGACCAUGGACUCGCUGUCGCUCGCGUCGUCAGCGCCGUCCACUGCGUACGUAGGAAGACAGGACGAACACAGACGAGAAGCGCGCCCCAUGACGCUGUUUGAGAGCGCGCGUAUCUUCAACGAGUCGGGCCAACUGCUCAGCCACGACAACUUCGACGAACUGGGAUCGUCCCCUGAAAUGAUCGCCGAGGGUACUCCCAAGCGCAAGUUCAAGCGCCGCGUGGGACGUCGUAAACACGAGACCAAACGUACCAAUGCAGUGGACACCCUCGCCGCCGACGAAGUGGUGCUGGAGCUCAUGUGUCUGCUCUUCCCCGACGUGGAGGUGACGCAGGAGCUGAACUUACUGCUACUAGGCAGUUCCCAGCACGAAGACGUCUUCCACUUUGACGAGGACGACAUUGUGGAUAUUCCAGCAGCUACCAAGCCAAAGAACGGCGUUCUGGACAUCGAUCUACUAAAGUUUCAGGCCGCGCUCACGACUAUGCUCUUCAGCUCGGAUUGCUCGACACAGGAGAUGCCUGUGCGCGGAACGUCUGCAGAAACCCUGCAGGAAAUAUAUUUUACGCCUCAUUGGAUCGCCCACGAGAUGCUGGCUAUGGUGAAGCUGGACGUCCUAGCCCAGUACGACCGGUUCGCCAUCAUGAACGCGAUCUUCCGUACUAUAUCAGAUACGCGUCCAUCUAUCUUGGCUGCUGCUGCGUCGGUGUCGUUGGCGAUCUUCCAGCAUCAGGGUCUGUCGGACAUUUCGCCUCGCGAUUCCGGCAAGGAUCUCGUCACCGUCAAGGGCAUGAUUGCAUUUUUGAACGCAGCAGUGGAUGUCAUUGAACGGGACGCACGAUACAACCCCGAGGUGUUUGGCAGCAGUGACGACGAGAUCCGCGACGCCAUCGGAGAACUUUGCAGCCAGAUCAUGCGCGCGAUCCGACUGCUUGUUCGCAGCUCACCUGGAGGCAGUGGGAACUCUGAUUCCAACCGCAACCAGCUCGAAAAAUACGCAGAAUGCAGCGACUCUGCCGAGGCCACGACGUACCGUGCGAUGGGGGAGCUGGUGAACCGGAUGGCCGCAUUCUCUCCGAUGCACGGCGAAGAAUUCCUGCGCUGGAUGCUGCUCAAGUGGCCACAACGCAACGUCCAGCUCCAGUUGUUCUUCGUGCGGUUCACAGCCGGAUUGCUGUCGCAGUUUAUGCUGCUCGGUCUCAUGUUCCCAGCCGACGUCGUGCAUCGCACCUUCACACGCAUCCAAGCUUGUAUCCAGUCGACCCACUUCCUAGUGGCUCAGGAGGCGUGCAACAUGUGCGGGAACUUCCAGCUCAUGAGUAUGUACCUGUCGUGCGACCAGGCUCUGAGAGAGAAGAUCGCGUCCGCGCUGCACGAGAACGCCACCUCCCACUGGAACCAGCGCAUCCGUGAGAUCUCCGACGAGUGUUUUGACAUGCUGCUCGAUCUGGCAUGAGCUCGAGGAAACGUGGGGUGGCCCAAAUGAACAAAGCACAUUAGAAAACCAUAGAAACAUAAAAUAACUCACAGGCCCAGAGCCCUGUACCACAUGCGCCAAGCGCAACGUAUGAUAUCACAAUAGAAAACACUACUAUACCA